AAUCGUUUUAUUCACAAAAAUUUCACGGUGCAAACGACAAUGGGCCGCCUACCAAGUUUUAUUAAAAAAGUUGAUAAUUUAAAUUGUGAUUACAAUAAUUGUACGUGGAUAUGUUUUAUCUGUAACACACAUUUAUCCAUAAAAAAAGAGGCAUAUUUACAUCCCUCUAAGUGUGAGCUGCUCAAAAAUUUAAGAACUACAAGGAGAAAGUCAGGUCGUCUAAUUAAUAACAAAACAAUAUUAUGUUCCACAAAAAAAUUUAAGCGAAAUACGUACAUAAUGAAUGGAGCUACUUGUGGAAUUUUGUUUUAUAAGCAAGCGUUUUAUAACGUGAUAAAUACUUGUGCUUUUGACUCGAUUUUAGUGGGGAUAGUGGUCGCCUACACGGAUUAUUCAACUUUUAGCUGCAGCGUAGAUAAUAUUAUGGACAAUAAAUUUUUAAAAAUGGCGAAAAGUUUGGCUUUACAAAAUCAGAAAGACAAACAAUUAUUUUAUUUACAAAGACUUGAUCUACUGCAACAGCAUUUUAAAGUCCAACCUAAUGAACUCGGCAAUGCCUAG